CCUGCUCCUCCUCUUCCUCCAGCCGAGCCUCCUUCCUCCCAAGCCGGCUUGCCUGCCUUCCCCGCCGCCGUCCGAGGAGCCCCCAGCGGCGCCGUUAUAUGAAAACCUCUCGCUAACCAUGACGGGGGUGCUAAAAAGAAAAUACAAUGAACUGGAAGACGACGCCCCCUACUUCUCCUCAUCUUCCUGCUCGCCUUUCUCUUCCUCCUCGUCGGCGUCUUCAGGCUGGGACUCGGACGAGGAAAACUCACGAGGAGGAGGAGGCAUCAAGCCCAGCUUGGCCUUGAGCUCCGAUUUCACCCCAACCUCCAUCCUGAAGAAAAGCAAACGGUUGAAGCGCAACAAUGUGGAGUUUGACCGGGUCACCGUCUUCUACUUCCCGCGCUGCCAGGGCUUCACCAGCGUGCCCAGCCGCGGGGGCUGCACCUUGGGCAUGGUCAGCCAGCACGGCUUCUCCCGGGAGUUCACGCUGGCCGAGUUUUCCAAGGAACAAGAGGCUGUCCGGCGGGAGAAGCUCAAGGAGCGCUUGAAAGAGGAGAAGCUGGAAGCCCUGAAGUGGAAACUCACCAUGAACGGUACGAAGGAGUCGGAGGAAGCCAACCAGCUUACCACAGAAGACAUCUCUGACGAUGACAUUGACGCCAGUGCCACCGAGCUGGAAGACGGCUUCUUCCUCCAGCCGUACCCAGCCAAGAAGAGGCGAGCUCUGCUCAAGGCCAUGGGAGUCAAGAAGAUCGACAAAGAGGAGAAGCGGGAGCUGCACAGCAUCCGCCUCUCCCGGGAAGACUGCGGCUGCGACUGCCAGGAGUUCUGCGACCCCGAGACGUGUAGCUGCAGCCUGGCGGGCAUUAAAUGUCAGAUGGACCACACAUCAUUUCCCUGUGGCUGCACCAAGGACGGCUGCGGCAACACAGAGGGCCGGAUCGAGUUCAACCAAGCCCGGGUUCAGACGCAUUUUAUCCAUACCAUCAUGAAGUUGGAGCUGGAGAAGAACCAGCCCGGCCCUGAGAGGAGCCCAGACCCCGAACCCCUCUUCCGGGACCGGCUGCUCCCCUUCGGGUGCCCCGUGGGCAAGGCGGCGUUUGAGGAGAGGACGGUGCCGCUGGCGCCCGCCUUCCAGUUCAGCACGGACCUGGAGGCCAUUGGCGAGAACAGCUGCAGCAGCGACAUGACCGACUCUUCGGUCUCGUCCAACCAGAGCGAGGACCUGGAGGAGCCGUACGAGGCCGUCCCCUCCGAGAAGUCGCAGUCGGACGUGGACGACGACGGCCUGGCCCGCAUCCUCCACUUCAACGACUCGGACACGGAGGACGACAGCAGCGCCGCCAGCAACUGCCAGGACAACCUGAGCUCCUUCCACCCGACCGGCUUCUUCAGCGUGGACGUGGAAAACCAGUGCGCCACCGACAAGUUUGGCUCUGGCCACCCCUUGAGCCAUCCGUCGGACAUCACGGGGUGUUUGGACGAGAACGCCAACCAGGGGGUGAGCUGUUUUCUUGAGGAAACUUUGCCCAGGCCAACCCAGGCUGCGGGCGUUCCUUCCUGUGCCCCCUCUUCUUCCUCCUCCUCCGCCGUCGCCGCCUCAAUGGAGCAAGGCUCCAGGAGCUACAUGGAUCUAAGCCUCUCCUCUGACUCUCUGGAUUUCUUCCAGUCCUUCUCGGACUACAACCUUGGACCCCUUUAUAAUUCGUUGAAGGAGUACGAGAACCUGGACAACUUUUCGGCGCUGCAGCUCCAGUUGCCAAAUUUCCCCAGCUUGCCUCAGCCCGGGGAUCAGAGCCCGUGCUUUCUGGAGUCCCUCAUUGGCCUGUCCGAAUCUGUCCCAGAAACCCCUGCGCCUUUUACAGACAAUCAGCUCCUAGAAGAUGCCAUUAAGUCCUCUCUCAUGGAAACAGUGAAGGUUUAAAUGCUUUUGUUUAUUGGGAAAAGCCGAGGAGGGGGGAAACCCCCUCUAGAAACUGCCAACCCCUUCCCGGAAGAGAAGGAAACGCUACGUCAUAUUUUGUUCCUUUUUUCAGAUACUUUGGAGGAAGGCGAAACAAACUCUGCAGCCGCAAUCGGUUUUCUUGCUGUUUGUGCAAAAAACUCAACGUUGGGGGUGGGGAGGGGGUGGAAGACAAUUUUUUGCUAAACACAAUUUACCUGCAUUUUGUAUUUUGGGGUGGGGGCACGUAAGGGAGGGGGCGGGGAAAGACCUCGUGAGAAAUGCGUUGCUCGUCCACAAAGCACCUUCUGUGAACGUCUUCAAAUGUUUGCAGACAAUUUUCUCAAGCUACUUUGGGAAGUCUAAGUAUAUAUAAUUAUAUUUAUUGUGGGUGGGGUGGGGGGAAGGAUUUGCUGAAGAGUUUGCUCUUGCUUAAAUGGGAAGAGGUUUACAAGGAAGCAGAAUAAAUGACACAACACACACUAUUAUAUACAUAAUUCCCUCUAUUUAUUGCAAACCUCCACAGUUUUCAAGUAGCCUUCGAAGCUUGAACUGAGCGCCGAAUCUUAUUUAAAUUAGUCAUACCUCGGAUGUAUUAUGUGUACAAUCAUAAUUUUUUUUGCAUAAUAUAUCUGUAUUUAUUUAUUUCGUGUUCAUGCCUGGGUAGGACUGUGGUUUAUCAAGGACCUGCAAAUAGCCCAAGCCUGCCUCAAUGGGUCUCUUGGUUCAGGUGCCCCAUUUUGCCCUCUUGGUUAAAACACUGAGGAGUUGUUCUAUUUUCAAGGCCGUAAAAGACAACCCCCCAUCCCCUGUCUUUUGCAUAAGCCCCAUAUCCACACUACAAACCAUUCUGGGCUUCUAAAUGGAACUUCUCAGAAAUUUAGUCAUCUUAGGAGAGAGUUGGGAAGACUCCUUGAGAGAUUCCUCAGCCCCUCUUCUUGGAUCGGAGAGAUUGUGGACCUUCUGGGUGUUGCCAGACUAGGACUCCCAUCAUUGGGCGUGAUGGGAGCCAGGGAAGCUUCAAGAGUUAUGGGGCUCCAUUUCUUCCUUAGUGGACCACAGAGGUUACUAUUAGGAGGUUGGCUUUUAAACCUGUGCAGUAGCUUUGCAGUGCAGAUAUGAAUGCAGAAAUGGGGAGUGUCGUUGCCACAAAAGGUGCAAGUGAAAGGGCCUCUCUCUGGGUCACACACCUGUGGUGUAGGAGAGCCUUUGAAUUUCUGAGCAUGCGGCGCAUUGGCUGCUGCAGCUGAGCAUGAAAGACACUCUCCAUGCAUCACUGCAGCGCUGUGUGGCGCAGGACUAAAGCGCUGCACCACAAGGUUGUAUGUCGCUAUAACCAUUUGAAAAAUGAAAUCACAGUUUGUGUGCGAUGUCCAUCAUUCUGCCAGGGGCAAUUAUAAGGAGGCCGGGAACUAUGAAGAGAGAGGGAAUAGAAUGAACUAUUUAAAGGAGAGAGAGGAAAGGUUAAAAUGGUGUGGUAAAUUAUUUUGUAAUUUAUUUAAUGUCCUUAAGGAUUUGGCCAUGAGAUUUUUUUUGAUAGAACCAAUCUGAUCUAUUACUAUGCUGCCUGAAUAUAUAGAGGAACCAAUUCUGGAGCUGCCAAGGUUGCAAUUUUUUAGAGGAAUGGAAAGAGCAAAAAUUGCAAAAGGGGGGGGGCGGUGGGGAGCAAAAGACUGUGCUUGCAAGCCUCAGGGUGCUUUGGGAUAUCUUUGGGGGUCUUAACCCACAAUCUUUAGCCAGGGACUGCAGUUUCAGUACUGACUGUCCAUGGCGCUAUUAGCAGGAGGAGGCAGAAUCAUCCAGAUUUAUUGCGCACCUUUUCUUUCAAAGAUUAUUCUCUAGUGAACUAGAAUCCCACUUACGGGAACAGGUCAAAGAUGGUUUUCAGUAGAAUUCCCUUAGGCCAUGAAAAGUUGACAUUUAGGAUUUUGUUGGUUAACCUGAUGGUUGGGCCUGGUGGCUGUGCUUUGGGUUUUGUGUUUUGGUUUUUUUUAAAAAAAGUGGCCUAAGCUUCGUUAAUGGAAAUAGAUGGAAUUCCUGCCUCUCCUGAGAUUGGAAGACCUGCACUUUGACCUCCCAGAGAUGUACAAAGCACCCGGAAUUCCUUCCACAUGGGAACCUUUUGGUUGGAAAGACUUUGCCCCAUCUGGUCUAUGCAAAGAGGGGUUCCCCCCCCUUUAACAAACCUGCGUGGUAAAGAGAAAAUGUCUACAGAAUAAUCUGGCAUCUAUCUAGUGCAAAGGGGUUAUCCCACUGUGAGAAAACUUUAAAGAUCUGCUUAACUUUUUAAACUAUACAUACUUAUAUAUACACCGUUUUUUAUUUAAUUUGUGGGAGUCUUUUAAAAUAAUAAUUUAAAAAAAAACCUCAGCCUACUUUUUUUUAAAAAAAUGCUUUGGCACAUUUGGGGUUGUUGUUUUUUUGGUACUGCUUUUUCUAUUUUUGUUUUCAUUCUUUGGCACUAAAGCAACAAUUUUUAGAACAUUCCUGCGUUCCUUUGCAUACGUCAUUUUAAAAUGAAUGUUGGGAGAUUGAGGGUGUUAGAAAAACCCUCCUGCCUUCAUGAUCCUCCCCCCUCUAAUUUAUUCAUUUCUUUGUUUCGUUUUGUUGGUGCCAACUUCCUGCUCCUACUCACCCCGGGUGCACUGAUUUGUAAAUAGAUAUAUAUUUUCCCCUUUCUGUACCUUGUAUAAAAUGUUGCCUGUUCAAACUGUCUUCUUUUUAAAAAAAAGAAAAAGAGAGAGAAAAACCUGAAAAACAAAAUUGGGUAUUUAUUGACACAAAUCUGUAAUUAUCUAAUGUAUUGAUUGAAACUCUUUGGUUUCAACAGCUUUAUGUUUGCUUUCUCUCAGAGUGUGUGAGUGUGUGUGUGAUUAUAUAUAUAUAUAUAUAUAUAUAUAUAUAUAUAUAUAUAUUGCUUAACGGUGCCGAAAGGUACCAGUUUAAAAUACUUUUAUUUUUAACCCCCUUCCCCCAAAUUUUCAUUUGUAAAACAAAAAAAAACAAAAAAAAGCAUCUUUUGCCUACAAGCUGCUGUCUCUCAUUUCAUACAAGCAAUAUGAAGAAAAUUUCAUUACACUUUCAAUAAAACAAACUCUUUUUUUGGUUUGGAA